CCGGAAGUCGUCAGAAGUCCGCGUCGCCGCUUGCCACGUCACAUUCCCCAGUCCCCACAGCGCGAAAACUGUACUUUCACAUCUGAACCACAACAACACGAAAGCAACAAUGUCAAAGAUAGAUAAGAUGAGCAUCCUAGGGGUGAGGAGCUUUGGGAUUGAGGAUAAAGACAAACAGGUCAUCUCUUUCUUCACUCCGCUGACUGUGCUGGUUGGACCCAACGGAGCAGGGAAAACGACUAUUAUUGAGUGCCUUAGGUAUGCAACAGCAGGUGAACUUCCACCUGGAUCUAAAGGAGGUGCAUUUGUUCAUGAUCCAAAGGACGCCCAUGAGACGGAUGUGAGAGCACAGAUUCGACUCUUAUUCUCCGACGUCAAUGGAGAGAAAGUGACUAUUCAUCGCUCCAUGUCCUGCACUCAGAAGGCAAAGAACUACUCUUUCAAAAGCUUGGAGCAGGUCAUUACCAGAAUAAAAGAUGGUGAGAAAGUGAGCUUGUCAUCAAAGUGUGGCGAACUGGAUCGGGAGAUGAUUUCUUCACUGGGUGUGUCGAAGCCUGUGCUGAAUCACGUCAUCUUUUGUCACCAAGAAGAGUCUAACUGGCCACUUAGCGAGGGCAAAGCACUCAAAGACAAGUUUGACUCCAUCUUCGCUGCAACCAAGUAUAUCAAAGCUCUGGAGACGAUGCGUCAGCUGCGUCUCAAACAGAGUCACACAGUCAAAGAGUGUCAGGUGGAGCUGCGCUACCUGAAGCAGAACAAGGAGAAAGCCCAGCAGAUUAGAGAGACCGUGGCCACCAAGGAGGCUCAGCUGAUAGCUUCUAGAGACAGCAUCCAGCAGAUAGAGAGCCAGAUUGAUCCACUGGAGAAUCGACUGACAGAUAUUGACAUGAAACUGGGGAAAGUGAUGAAGCUGGACAACGACAUCAAGGCUUUAGACAGCAGGAAGAAACAGAUGGAGGAGGACAACAAGGAGCUGGAGGGAACAAUGGAACAGGUGUUCCAGGGUUCAGACGAGCAGCUACAGGAUAUUUACCAGAACCACCAGAGGACGGUGAGGGAGAAGGAGCGGAGGCUGACAGACUGCCAGAAGGAGCUGGAGAGAGCUGGUCGGGAGUGUCAGAGACUCAACAGAGUCAAGGCUGAUCUGCUGGUAGAACAAGGUCGUCUACAGCUAGAAGCUGACCGUCACUCUCAAAACAUCAAGAACCGCGACACUCAGGUCCGCUCUUUGUCUUCCUAUCUGGAGAUGGAGGGUUACGACCGACCACCGUUCACCACUCUUCAGCUUGAUAGCUUUCAUCGUCACGUCACACAGAGACUGGAGCAGGAAAAAGAGACAGCCAGUCAGGUUAUGGCAGACCUGCAGGAAAAGGAGCAGCAGAAGCAGCAGUCCAUUGAUGAAAUGAGGGAUAAGAAGACGGGCCUGGAGAGAACCGUGGAGUUGAAGAGAGACCUGCAGGGAAAGAAGCAGCAAGAACUAAGAAACAUCAGGGCAGAGCUGCAGAGGCUGGAGGGUUCGUCUAGCCGACUGCAAGAACUGGAGAAUGAACUGGCUAAAGUGGAGCGUGAGCUGCAGAGUGCAGUUCAGAGCUCAAACGUGGAGGAGCUGAAGGCCGAGGUCGUUGAGCUCCAGAGAGAAAAGGCUGAACUUGACCACGCACAGAGACAGCUCGACCAAGAGAUGGAGUUGCUCAACACACACACCACCGCACGCACUCAGGUGGACAUGCUGAAAAAGGACAAGACAGAGAAGGAGGAGCAGGUUCGUAAGAUCAAGUCUCGUCACAGCGAGGAUCUGGUGUCAUUGCUUGGCCACUUUCCCAACAAGAGAGAGCUGGAAGACUGGAUCUAUGCCAAGUCUAAGGAAAUCAACAAUACCAGGGACAGACUUGCCAAACUCAAUAAGGACCUGGCAUCAAGUGAGCAGAAUAAAAGCCACAUUGCUGCUGAGGUACGAAAGAAGGAGCAGCAGCUAGUCAUCGACGAAGAGAAAUUCUUCAGUGUGUGUGGCAGUCAGGAUCUGGAGCAGGACCUGGGCAAACUGCGAGAAGAUCUGGAGAAGAUCUCCAAACAAAGAGCCAUGCUAGCCGGAGCUACAGCAGUGUACACCCAGUUCAUCAGCCAGCUGACGGAGGAGAGAGAGCCCUGCUGCCCUGUGUGCCAGCGGACGUUCCCCUCAGAAUCUGAUCUGCAGGAAGUUAUCAGUGACAUGCAGUCCAAACUACGCCUGGUGCCAGACAAGCUGAAAAACACAGAGCAGGACCUGAAGAGGAAGGAGAAGAAAAGAGAUGAGAUGAUGGCUCUCAGACCUGUCAGGCAGUCCAUUGUACAGUUUCAGGAAAAGGAGUUGCCUGAGUUGAGAAACCGCCUGCAGACUGUGAACAGAGAAAUCGAGAGGCUAAAGGGCGAUGUGGAGGAGCAGGAGACUCUGCUUGCUACCCUGAUGUCAGAGGAGGAAACGGCCAAGGCUUGUCUGCAGGACAUAUCUCUCAUGGACAGAUACCUGAUGGACCUUAAAGAGUUGGAGAGGAAAUUGGCUCAGCAGGCAGCCAAACUCCAGGGAGUAGACCUGACCAGAACCGUCCAGCAAGUCAGUCAGGAGAAACAAGAAACUCAGCACAAGUUAGAUACCACCUCCAGCAAGAUGGAGCUGAAGCGUAAGCUGAUCCAGGACCAGCAGGAUCAGAUUCAGGUUUUGAAAGGUGCUGUGAAUGAGACCAGAGCAGAGAAACUCCAGCUGAGCAGUGAUAUGCAGAAACAGCAGCAGCUGGAGGAGCAGUGUGUCGAGUUCACCACUGAAAUACAGGCCUUAACCAGGGAUAUCAGGGAAGCAAAGGAACAGCUGUCCCCUUUGGCUGCUGCUCUGGAGAAGCUGCAACAAGAGAGGCUGGAGUUGGUGGAGCGCAAGAGGCAGAGGCAGGAAGAGGGGCAGGAGAAGAUCAAUGCCAUUAAAGAGAAAGUGAAGGCGAUCAGCACCUUGGAAAGAGACAUCACCAAAUACGUCGAUGACAGCAAAGACGAAUACAAAGAGCAAAAAGAGUCUGAGCUUCAAGAAACCAACACUCAGCUCCAUGAGGCUGAGAAGUAUAAAGACAAGAUCAACAAGGAGAUGGGAAACAUCCGUCAGGACAUAGACACUCAAAAGGUCCAGGAGCGCUGGCUGCAAGACAACCUGACCUUGAGGAAACGUAUGGAGGAGUUGAAGGAGCUUGUGGCUAAGCGUGAGGCUCUAAUGAAAGACAUGGGCAACAUGCAAGUCUUGCAGCUACGCCAAGAACGUCGUGAAGCGGAUCGCAAGUUGGAAGAUCUGAAGAAGAACCGCAGUAUUGCACUGGGUCGUCAAAAAGGUUUCGAGGAGGAGAUACUGCAUCAUAGAAAAGAGCUGCGAGAAGAUCAGUAUGACAAAGCUGAUGAGCGCUACAAAAACAAGAUGAUCACAAUGAGGACAACAGAGCUGGUCAUUAAAGACCUGGAUCUCUACUACAAGGCCCUUGAUCAAACCAUCAUGAAAUUCCACAGCAUGAAGAUGGAUGAGAUCAACAAGAUUAUCAGAGACCUAUGGCGCAGCACCUACAGGGGUCAAGACAUUGAGUACGUGGAGAUCAGGUCUGAUGUGGAUGAAAACUCGUCUGCUGGAGUCAGGCGGAGGGUUUACAACUACAGAGUAGUUAUGGUGAAAGGAGACACGGCUUUGGAUAUGAGAGGACGCUGCAGUGCUGGUCAGAAGGUGUUGGCGUCCCUGAUCAUCCGUCUAGCUCUGGCAGAGACCUUCUGUCUGAACUGUGGGAUCCUGGCCCUGGAUGAGCCCACCACCAACUUGGACCGAGACAACAUUGAGUCACUGGCACACGCCCUCGUAGAAAUCAUCAAGAGUCGCUCUCGCCAGCGUAACUUCCAGCUUCUGAUCAUCACCCACGACGAGGACUUUGUGGAGCUUCUGGGUCGGUCCAGCUACAUUGAGCAUUUCUACCGCAUCCGUAAGAACCAGGACCAGAACUCUGAGAUCACAAAGUGCAGCAUCACCUCCCUCUCAUCCUAUCUCCAGUGAGCAGUCAAAUGACUCCUUUGGAAAUACACAGCAAUCCUUGAUCUUCUUGUUUAAACGUUACUUGGAUGACAUCACAAAUC